GGGCCCAGGGGUAUGCGAGCUUUCCGCCCCGAUCAUGGAUAAAAGGGGUGCACCGGUCUCGAGGAGCCACAGAGCCCGCUCAGCCAGCUCUCCCGCCAGCUCUCGCGCUCCAGGCACCGCCGCCCCGACAACCCGAGCUGAGCACCAUGGCCCGCGCCGCGACCGCCGCCGCCACCCGAUCCCCUUCGCUCCUCCGGGCCGCGCUGCUGCUUCUGCUCCUGGCCGCCUCGUGCCGGCGCGCAGCUGGGGCGCCCGUGGUCACUGAACUGCGUUGCCAGUGCUUGCAGACCUUGCAGGGGAUUCACUUCAAGAACAUCCAGAGUGUGAAGGUGACGCCCCCGGGACCCCACUGCGGCCAAACAGAAGUCAUUGUCACUCUCAAGAAUGGACAGGAAGUUUGUCUCAACCCCGAAGCCCCCAUGGUUAAGAAAAUCAUCGAUAAGAUGCUAAACAAGGGAAGCACCAACUGACCCAGAGAGAAGGAGGAAACAUCAGUAACUGUAGCACCCAUAGUGAAUUUGGAAUGAAAAAA